UCAGACCGUGCAAUGGAUCUCCUUUCUGUCCCAGACGUCGUCCCAUCUUCACCUCUUUCACCUUGCCAUCCUAUCCGAGCUUCUCUCGCUCUCUUUCCAUCGACUAUAGUCUUCGAAUCCAUCCCAUCGCCCAAUUCCACUGGGGGCGCAUCCUUUACAAGGACAUAUUCCAUCCCUGUUUAUCCGGCGCCGCCACGGCACUUAUAUAAAUUACGUCAUCGCCACCAUGACUUCGGAAGCUGACCAAGUCGCUGCUCAGGAACUCGCCUCUCAAGAGCACGCCGCUCAGGGGCAGGCAGCUCAUGGACAGGCCGCUCCUCCUGCGCCCUCUGUAUCUGACCUGGAGGACCCCCCCAAGGCUCCCGAGGGGGCUCAAGCAAUCCAGCUCGCUGAAGAGAAGCAGUCGGCAGAGGACAAGACGGCUGGGCAGCAAGUCCCGGCUAUCUCGUCGGAGCCCCCCAAGGCGGACAAUGCUCCCGCAGAGCCGAUCCCAGCUGCCACCCUCGCCAAUGGCGACAAGCCCGAGACGGCGGAGCCGCCCACGAUGACGGGCGCUCUGCGAGACGAGGCCGAGCCAGCUACAAUCUUGCCUAACCCCGCCAACCCCCCGGCCGAGCCAGCUCCAAUCUUGCCUAACCUUGCCAACCCCCCGGCCCAACCCGCGGUCAUUUCCGCCGGCCCUGCCGACGACGCGGCCAAAGAGGGAGCGGCGGCAUCAGACAAGCCCGUCGAGGAGGUUUCCAAGGCUCCCGCCCCCGAGGGAUCCGGUGUAUCUGACGCUGCCAAGGCCAACGGCGGGCCCACGUCCACCGGGGGCGCCGAAACCAAGGAGGCGUCGGCUGCAGAAGCUGCGGCACCUGCUCCCGAAGAGGCCGCGGUGGCCGGAAAGCCUGUGGGCAACGGCAAGCGGAAGGCUGAGGAGCAUGCGCCGACCAACGGCGAGGCUAAGAAGGCCAAGACGGAGGACGCGGCUUCUGGUGACUCGGCCACCAACGGCGCUAGUGGGCCGAAGAAACCUGGACGGGCGAAGAAGAACAAGGAGCCCGUGACUGUGGGGAGAACCGCGCGCAAAACCAGGAGUCAGGGCCCAAUCGAGGGCUGAAUGGACUCGGGGACUUUGGAAAACGUUGCGGCAUGAUGACUUUCGACU